CAACAGAAACAGGACAUGAGUCAUGAGGUGUGCUGAUUGCAAAGAAGAAGAUGGGGAGCUGGGGGGCCCAUCAUACAAAUGAAAUGAGCAGGAGAAGAAGACACUGCAGGCGGCCAAUUAAUCCCUAAACACCAAACCAUCACACGAAUACUCAAAACAAUAACAUUUUCGCUUCAAUCAGGAGGAGGGAGCAAUUUACUAUUCAAGCGUCAGUCGAGCCAGUAGCGUUUGGCUGAUUAUGCCCCGCUCGAAUCUAAACCCUAAAAACACCACCUGGAAAACGAUGGCUUCCUUCUCGUUUAAUCUGAACCCCCCUUCAGCCUCAUAUAUCGCCCUCCGCAUCUUCCUCGCUCUCCUGCUACAGCUCGCCUCCCCGCUUUCUCAAUUCGACAAAAUUCCAGCCGGGUUUUGGCUUAAUUCUCCUGUGGGUUGCUGGGUCUCAAUUGGUCGAAUGUAAGUCUGCUGUUCACUGCGGUCUUUCUCAUUUCAUUUCUCCGUUCCUUUCCCCUUUUCGAGUGGGGGCUAAUUUUCUGAUUGGUUGUUUGGCUGUAGUCCUAGUCGGGAAAAAGAAAGUUCCAAAAUAGUUAAAUGAUGAAGAGGUACAGGAAUGGAGAAAUCUGGGACUUCGAGCUCGAAAAUCGGUUCGCCAGUAACCCUCCGGUGAUCUUAGGAUUGGAUGGCGGCACUACUUCCACCGUCUGUGUCUGCAUCCCCAUUCUGCCAUUCUCCGCCCCGCUACCGGACCCUCUUCCCUUUCUCGCCCGCGCCGUCGCCGGCUGCUCCAACCACAAUAGUGUUGGCGAACUUGCUGCAAGAGAGACCUUGGAGCAGGUUAUGGCAGACGCACUCUUGAAGUCCGGUUCCACUAGAUCUGCAGUUCGAGCAGUUUGUCUAGCUGUUUCAGGUGUUAACCAUCAAACGGAUGAGCGAAGAAUUUUGAAGUGGCUUAGGGACAUCUUCCCUCGUCGUGUUGAGCUAUUUGUUCAGAAUGAUGCUGUGGCAGCAUUAGCUAGUGGAACAAUGGGAAAGCUUCAUGGUUGUGUUUUAAUUGCCGGUACAGGGACGAUAGCAUAUGGGUUCACAGAAGAUGGAAGAGAAGCUCGGGCUGCAGGAGCUGGUCCUGUCUUGGGCGAUUGGGGAAGUGGAUACGGAAUUGCUGCACAGGCAUUAACAGCAGUAAUAAGGGCCUAUGAUGGUCGGGGUGGUCAAACAAUCCUCACAUCAAGUAUAUUACAGUUUCUAGGGCUUUCUUCUCCAGAUGAACUUAUUGGGUGGACAUAUUCAGAUUCAUCUUGGGCUCGCAUUGCAAAUCUUGUCCCAGUAGUCGUGUCUUGUGCCGAGUCAGGUGAUGAAGUUGCAAAUCAAAUACUGCAAGAUUCAGUUGAAGAAUUAGCUUUAAGUGUGAAAGCUGUUGUCCAUAAACUUGGGUUGUGUGGCGAAGAUGGAAAUGCUCCUUUUCCCCUUGUCAUGGUCGGUGGUGUUCUCGAAGCAAACAAGAGUUGGGAUAUAGGGAAAGAGGUUGUGAACUGCAUCUCUCGAGACUACCCGGGGGCUCUUCCAAUUGUACCGAAGGUAGAGCCGGCCGUGGGUGCAGCACUAUUAGCUUGGAAUUUCUUGAUGAAAGAGUCGCAAUGAAAUGGUGGCAACAAAUCCGCCAUUGCCAAAAUAGUGACCAUCGGUGCGAAGCUUAUAUAAAAUAAUGGCAUGCCUGUUGUAUAUUUGGGAGAAGAAAAGUGUAUGUGAAGUGAAUGGGGGAAGAGUAUGAUUCUGUAUUGCGGGUGGGGGGUAAUCGAGUUGCGAUGUUGAGCUCAGAAAAUUUGCAGCGAAUUUUUUACUGGUACUUUUGGUAUUGGUUGACAAGUGGAACUGUCUAUGAUUAGGAUGUGACAAAAAAAAAAAAAAAAUGCAUUACCAUUUCUUGUCGUCCUCUUUGUCGUAUUAUGUUUUGCUUUCUGGUUGUCCUCUUUCUUUUUCCUUUUAAGAAAUGUAUCUUGUUUUUCCUUUUAAAAAAGUUCUAUAUAUGUAUCUUCUUACCAGCCAUUUGUAUGGGAAGCGAUUAGAAACAAAAACGAAAAAGGCCAAUUCGGAUUGGACAAGAGUUCAUGUUUGUUCCAUGCCACGAAUGAGAAAUUUUACAAUGCUAUAUAGUAUUGGUGCUAUAGGGUUUUGCCUUUAUGGUACAACUUAAAAUUGUACAUUUACGUUAUGGUACAAUUUCAGAUUGUACAUAUACUUUUUGUACAAAUUCUUUUAUGGUACAACUUGAACUUGUACUUUUAUGUGAUGGUACAACUUCAAGUUGUAAAGCUGUACCAUAACAUAAUGAUACAAAUUGCUUUAUCGUACAACCUAAACUUAUACAUUUAAUGUUAUGGUACAACUUUAAAUUGUACAUUAAAUCACCAAUACUAUAUAGCAUAGUAGAAGUUCUCUGCCACGAAUAGGGGUGUGCAACUACGAUAACAUAUUUUACAUAUUGGGAUGAAGAAUCAAAUUUGUCCAUACUAUAUUGGUAUAGUUUGUAAGAACGCGAGUGAUCCCCAUAGGAAUUACUGGAAAAAGAUCUUUUAGAUCUCUUUCCUUUUUUCGAUAAAAAAAAUCAUUUUGUUUCUUUAAAAAAAAUUUGUAUCACAAGAAAUACAUCAUUUGAUUGAAGAAAACCCCAAACCUAUCAAAGAAAGAUUUAUCAACGCCCGCUCGACUAUGAGUUCCAACGUAAAAGGAACGAAAUCACUAGACGAACCUGACCAAACUUAUGACCCGACCAUCAUUGCAUCCGAUCCAUUUGGUCCAAGUUGGUCCGAUCCAAAUGUUAGCUCGGUCCAUCAUUUUUUCAAUAAUUAUAAAAUUCAUGGGGACCAAAGAACGUACCGCAUUAUUUGGAAUAUUACUCCUAGUUCUGCAGGAAUGUGGAUAUGGAAAAGGAUUUUGAAGUGCAGAAGUCUGGUUGCACAAUAUAUUAAAGGUGUGAUGUCGUCGAAUGUUCUGUGGCAAGGUGAACGGAUGGAUAGGUAUUCAGUUACUAAAGUGUGGCAAUCUAUUAGGCAGCUUAGUCCAAAGGUGCCUUGGACAACAAAACUAACAUGGGGAAAGGAAGUUAUACCUCAUCAUGGAUUCAUUGUUUGGUUAGCUAUGCAUGAUCGUUUGACAACUCAGGACAAGCUGAUACGUUGGGGAAGCCUGUUACAGGUUUAUGUUUGUUGUGCCAGGGUGGUGUGGAAUGUAAAGCUCACAUGCUGAUGCAUUGUUCAUAUAUAGGUUGUGUGUUGCAGAAGUGUUUGAAGGUGAAUGCUCCUCCUUAUUUUCAUACCUGGGAGGUGACUCACCACGAAUACAUGAGUCACUCCGAAUAUCACAAUUAAUUCCCGCAUAAUGUCCAAGCAUAAACCUUAGUCGGGUGGCAAUACAGGGGAAGUAUGUUU